AUGGACGAACAAUGGUUACGACUAUUCGAAAGGAUGGAAUUUGGAGACAGUGCAGAGUUGAAACCACUACUCGAGACCUAUAGAGGCGAUUUCAAUCUACAGAAUGAAGAAGGCUCCUCUUUAUUGCACGAGGCUGUCUGCUGUCGCGCCGAAGCGAUCGUGAAAAUGUUGACAGAGAAGAAAGAUGUCAAUAUCAACAUCCGCGACAAGGGAGGCCGAACUGCACUAUGGAUGGCCGCCUGUUUAGGCUACAAAGCUGGCGUUGAACUAUUGCUAGAGAUCGACAGGAUAGACCCAGAAGCAAGAGAUGACCACGGCCAAACACCUUUGUCUGCUGCGGUGAUGAUGGGUCGAAGUGGCAUCUCACUAUCCGCUGCUACAAUGGGGCAAGAGAGUGUCGUAGAGAUGCUGCUUGCCAGUAGAGGAGUUGCUCCCGACGCAAAAGAUGAUCGCGGUCUUACACCUCUAGCUUGGGCUUCGCGCGACAUGGAGUCGAUCAGAAUUGUCAAAAGUUUACUCAGCACUGGCAGAGUGGAUGUGAACUCUAAGGAUGAGCUUGGCAUAACACCACUCAUGUGGGCCGCGGCAUCUUACAACGAGGAAGUCAAAGAGCUCCUGCUCAAUAGUGGAAGACUUGACAGAGGUCUAAAUCUCGACAGGGGUGCCGGCGACGUCAGCUCUCGAUACAUCACCCACUGGAUAGACUCGUGUGACGCUCAGCACGGAGGACAGUGUCAACCGGCACCCCUUGAGCAUAAACUACCUCAGCUGUUGCCGCACUGGGUCAUCGAUAUCAGUCGGGCUUGCUUGGUUCCUGGAAAUACUGUAUCGCGUUAUGUUGCCUUGAGCUACGUAUGGUCACGAGGAUUUUCUGUCAACGCCAAGGACUACCAGCGUUCAUCUGAUGGCAUAUUACUGAAAAAAAAGAACCUUCCAGACUUCAAAACACCUGGAUAUCUGGAGGGGGUGUUGCAAAAACUCCCAACCCCUGUCAAGGACGCCAUAGCGCUAGUUCGCGAGAUUGGUGAGAUUUACCUGUGGGUUGACUGUUUAUGCAUUGUUCAGGAUGACGAGAAAACUCGUGAGCAGGUUGAUCAUAUGGGCGACAUAUACUCUGGUGCAUAUAUGAGUAUCAUAGCGGCAACUCCCCGGGGCACGCUGCACGGGCCUCCUAGCCCCAAUCACAGAUUCAAAAGGAAUGAGAAGGUAGAGGAUCUCUACGCCAAUCUCCAUGAGAGUACGUGGGCCACCAGGGGCUGGACGUUCCAGGAACAGAUGCUCUCAAGGAGAGCCGUUAUAUUCAGCUCUGGUUACAUGUUCUGGGAGUGCCAAAAAGGUGUUUGGAGUCCAGACGGACCAAGACCGGAAACGAGCACAGCCAGAAGUGCUUCCUUUACAGUACCACACUACGAGAAAGCAAGACGUAUGCUAUGCAGCUGCUACCCCGACUUUGACUUAUACACAGAAGACAAUCAGUCUUUAUAA